CGGGAGUGCCCGCAUCCUAGGAACUAUCAACGGCCACCCGUGGCGACGGGGGCCAAUGCCGAACCGAUACUGGCUUUACCAGCCGCCGGGGCGCAGGUGGCACCGGCUGCAGCUCGAGCGCCUGUGGAGAAUUCGUACGGCGGAGCCCCGCCGGGAGAACGCGGACCUGAAGCGUGUCGAGGCCGAUAUGACGCAGAAGAUGGAAGGGGAGCUGGGCGCCUUGAAAUGGGAGAUUCGUGACCUCAAGGAGGGCCGCGAUAACAUGGGGAGGAGCGAUUUAGCCAAGCAAAUUGAGGACCUGCGCAUGGAGAUGGAGGCUCUGCGCAAACGAAACGAGGAAACGGAGGAGGUCGCGGAGCUAUGGAGAAACGAGGCUCUGCGGCUUGGAAACAAGCGAGGUAGUAUCAAUGUAUUUACACCGGCCACCGAAGGACGAACUGCUACUAGGACACGCAUCUCGGGGUCUUCGGAGGAAGCGAGGCGCCUGCGAGUGCAACUUUCAGAUUUACAGGAACGGAGGAAGUGUGACCAAACUGAAGUGGACAUGUUGAAGGAGAGGAGGACUUUGGCCGAAGCAAGGAGGAUGGAGGCCGAGAACGAGUUGGUUAGAUUACAGGAGCAGCUGGCGCGGCUGACGACGGAGCAAGCCGGGUGCAGCUCCCCUAAGGAGCGGGGCACGAACCUCAAAGAGAGGAUGGAGGAGGCGGCAAAAACUGGGUUUCGAUCCGGCAAGAAAAGCAAGGUGAAGGCUACACCCGGGAGAAUGGCUCGCCCCGACGAUGGUAUUGCUAAGGCAAACGAUCGUUUUGGGUUUCUUCAAGAUGAGAGAAAGAGAUUCCGGGCUUUGAAGAAGGCGGGUUUGGAGCCGUUAUGCCAGGAAGCAGGUAUCAAAUACAAGACGAUGGACAUCUCUGUUGAGGAGGUGGCUCAGAUCAAUGCGGCAAAAAUGUUUGGUGAAGACAGUGGACCUAAGGAAGGCGUUCACGGCGAUCGCAGCCACGGUAAGAUGGUAUCUGAUGACAGCAACGUUGCGGUCGUAGAGGAAGCCCCGUCGGACUCUGCUUGAUGGGACUUCCCGAGCGCGACGAUUUGGGGGUUAGCCAAGGCUUGUCGUGAUGUUCGUUCUGUCUCUACCUCUUCUCUACGUGAUGAGUCAUGGAACUCUCUCUUUCAGAUUGCGGUGUUGAUGUUGGUAUUGCGUGGGUGCAUUCCGUGGGCGGCGAAUUUUCGGACUUACCUGUUGACUAUGUUGAAAGAGGAUGGCGAGCUGUAUCGAUGUCGAGGUCCAAUUGUGUACGUCCUCACAUCUCCUUGGCAUAAGCACUGUUAUGUAGGUUCCACGGGGCGGUCUCUGGAUAUUAGGUGGUGCGAGCACGUUUACCGGGCCUGCAAUGAAGGCGUCAUAGAUAG